AUGUAAAAUUCAAAAAAGAAGCAAAUAUUUUGCAAUCAAUUUGAAUUAUUUGAAGACAAGAAAUUUAAGUAAAUUCCUUCAUUAAAAGUAUAUAUUUAAUGAUAUUUUUAAUAGUUAGUUAAAGUUGAAUAGACUAAUCAUAAAGAAUAAAUAUUUAAUGAAUCAAGUGCAGAAGAUAUUUUUGAAUAGAUGGGAAACAAAGAGAGCAAUUAAGAUCAAUUAAAAAAAGUAAAUAAAGAAUCUAAAGUGAAUAAAAAUGAUGAUUGGAAAUCCUAUUAUAAUUCAAGAUUAAAAGAAAUUAAAUUAGAAAGACCUGAACUUAAUCAUAAUUAAUUAACAUAGUUAAUUUCAGAAGAAUGGAAAAUGAUCAAAAAAUAAUUUAAAAAAGUUCCUUAACCAACAAAUAAUAUUGAUGAUGUAUAAAAUAAGAAGAAAAUUAAGUAAAAUAAAGAUAAUUCAAAAUUCUGUUAAGAAAUAAUCUAUGAAAAAUAAGAAUCUGAUGGUGAACUUGAUUUUAAUCCAUUUGAAUGUGCUAAAUUUAUUGAGAAUUUGCGAUCAAAGAAAUUUAAAUUAGUUAUUAAUGAUAUGACAUAUGAACUACCAGGAACUGCUAUUAUAGAAGCUGUUGACAAUGAUUCAGUUUUAAUUUAUUUGACUGAAAACAAUAAUAAUAAUAAUAAUACAAAUACAGCAUAUGGUACACCAAAUGAAAAAGUUAAUGCUAAUUUAGAAGAGAUAGGAAGUGAUAGCGAAUAAAGCAUUUGCAAAGGAAAUGAUGAUUUUAUAUUGUAAAACAAUAUCAGAUCAUUUUUAUGA